CCUUUAUACUUUAAUUAAGGACAAGGAAAAGUAGGGAUUAUUUCAUUACAUUCAUAGGCAAUCAUCAAUUUUAAUUCUACCAAUGUUUACACAAGCAUAUUUGUCUAUAAUACUUCAAAGGAAUGUAUAAUCUGGUCUUAAACUAAAAUGGAUGUGGAAAUGUCUAGAUUAUCUUUUAUUCCUUAUAAUCGAUAUUAUCCAUGGCAAUACAAACUGAAUGUUACUGACUCUUCUCAUUUAUUGUUUAAAUCGUCACAAAAUUUAUAAUGAAUUAUAUUUAAUAUGGAGAUUUUUUUGUAGGUAUUUAAUUUAUCAUGGAAGACAAAAACGAUAUUUGAUUUCUAGUACGCUUUAUAAAAAAGACGCUUUAUAUUUUUUAUUUAAAUGUGGACUUUUUAGUUGAGUUAGGUAUUUUUUUCUAAAUCAUCAAGUAUUUUAUGGUUGCAUAUCGACAGUUGGCCUUUUCUCUGUAUGUUUAUAAGUGUGUUUCAAAAAACAAAACGUAGUAAAGUGUAGGGUAGUAUUAUAUUAUCCUUGCUUUUGGCACUGGGUAAAUAAGAAUAAUAAUUUCAUAAAACCAUUCCUUAAGCACAUGUUGUUAUUAAAGAUUUAAGAAUGUUUUCUAUGUAACUGCUAUACCCACUUUAUUAAAACUUAGUCCUACCACUUCUGUGGAGCCUUUAAUUAUAUAAUAUAGUUUUUGACCCUGAAUUGCGUUUAAUUCAAAAAUAAAACAUUUAAAUUAAAAUUUUACGCACGUUUGUAAUCCGCUGUCUAUACAAUCGUGAAUAACAGCUAUCGAACUACCUUAUGUAAAGUGAGUAUUGACGUUCGCUUCAUAUAAUAUCGUCGGUACCUACACAUAAAAUUACAAAACGUAUAAAAUAAAUUUUGACACAACGUCAGUGUGCGACGGCAAAACCGACAAUAUCGACACGUCGUGUUAUCGUCCUGCGUCUAUUUGAUAAGGUUAAAUAUUGAUAGCGCACAGCCAGUUCGGCGCACACGACGACGUUCAAUACAAAUUUAACGACAGGGAAGUUUGCAUUACUCAUUAUAGCCAUAAAACGAUAAUCCGCAUAUGUGCGUGCCCAGACAAGGCGUCAGUGUCUCGCUCCCCGCGGCGCCCGCGCGUGCUCGUACUGCGGCACUGUAGUCACUCCAAGUUGGCAACGCUGAUCAAUAAGGAACAAUGAAUCUUCAGAACGGCCGCGGCUGAUGGCUCGGUACAAUCUGAGCAAUCGCGGGAAUGCGUCGUCCGUCCCUUCGCGCGGUCCUCCACUAGUGUUUGUGUUGUGAAUUAGAACGGAUAUGUCCUCGCCUCUAUUCAACUUUCCGCCGGAAAGUUACUCGGCCGUUUACACCAACGACGUGACAUCGAGUGCUAAUGUUGCAUGCAAACCCAUAAAUGGCGGCCCAUCAGAUGUGUCUUCACUAUCCAACGCCAGUUCUUCAUCAACGUCCCUGUUCAGCUGUUUUCACUGCGCUUUUCAGAAUAGCAUCAAAGUUAUCAAGAAGGACAAACAUUCUUCUAAAACUAAGGUCGCUGCUGGCAAAGAUGAAGAACGCUGGCGUGGCAAGGAGGACGGUGUUCUUUUCAAACGUUGGAGGCGUACGGCGUCUGCCGUGGAAACGGCGCCUGCAACACCCACCCCUCCUCAGCCUUCAGAGUUGCUGAAAUUUUUAGCUAUUAAUGCACUCGAGCUCUCAGCUCCUGCUUCGGACGCUCUGCUGAAGACUCGUUCUUCGGAGUGGUUCCAGCUGUCGGGACACCCGGGCUCGCUGGCUCCCGCCGGCCCCGGCACGGUAUGGAAGCGGCGCGCACCCGGCGACCACCCUGCGCAUAACCCGGAGCGCGACACGUACGUCGCCCUCGCGUCCUGUCCCCACAUGCGCUCCGCCAUCCCCCGCUACUACAGAGAACUCGAAUACGGUGGUGAACAUUUCAUCGAACUUCAAGAUCUCCUGCACGGUUUCCGCGAUCCACAUGUUAUGGAUGUCAAGAUGGGAACCCGUACCUUUCUCGAAGAUGAAGUUAGCAAUGCCCGCGCUCGCGCUGAUCUCUACGAGAAAAUGAUUCGCCUCGACCCCAAUGCGCCCACAGAGGCAGAACAUGCCGCGCGCGCGGUUACAAAGCUGAGAUAUAUGCAAUUCCGAGAACAAUGCUCAUCUUCAGCGGAACAAGGUUUUAGAAUUGAGGCUGUUAAGCUGCCCGGUCAACCACCUUUAACGGACUUACAAAAAGUACGAGAACCCAAGCAUCUCGCUGCCACAGUUGCGAGGUUCCUUGGGGAUGAUGAACGAGCACGUCGCGCUAUUGCCUCUCGUCUCCGAGAAAUACGGGAACUCUUUGAAAAAUCUGAAUUCUUCAGGACUCAUGAAAUUGUUGGAAGCAGUAUAUUUAUCAUUUAUGAUAAUGAGCGUGUUGGUGCGUGGCUUAUUGACUUUGCUAAGACGAGACGAGUACCGGAAGGCCUAAAAGUAACUCAUCGUGAGCCGUGGGAGCAAGGCAAUCAUGAAGAAGGCUUUUUAUACGGCCUAGAUAGGCUGAUUGAAACCAUAGAGACGGCAAAGCUUCCUGAUGUCGGAGUUGAGCAAGAUGUUUCUCGUUGAAGAAAAUAUAUGUGAAAUCUGGACACGCCUUGCGGUCACUGCACCGAUUGCCUGGCGCUCUCGCCCCAGUGCCAGCCGUUCUCCUGCGCUCCAGUCGCGGUGGAGAUGUACAGAAAAUACGUUUGUGUGUUAUAGUUGCGAAACCAGCCAUUCGCUUUUGUUAAUGAUCUAGUCGUAAUAUUUAAUGAAAUAUAAUUUAAUGAAUUUCUUA